AUAGCACACAAAAAUUUAGGGUUUAUAUACUUUUAUUCUCUCUUCUCUUUCACCUUCAGAGGCUAAGGAGACGGCGCAGCUCACCGUACACCUCUAGAUCUAAGUGUACCGGCCCUCAUUUUGUUCCUUAACAAAAAAUCCAUUUCUUUUCUUUAAAAAAAAAACUAUCAAAAAAAAUGGGGAAACUAUCAAAAGCCGAUAAGAAGAUAGCAUAUGACCACAAACUGUGUCAACUAUUGGAUGAUUACACACAGGUGUUGAUUGCUGCUGCAGAUAAUGUUGGGUCAAACCAGUUGCAGAGUAUCAGGCAGGGACUUAGAGGUGAUUCUGUUAUUCUUAUGGGGAAGAAUACUAUGAUGAAAAGAUCCAUCAGGAUGCAUUCUGAGAAAACUGGCAACAAGGAUUACUUGAAUCUCAUCCCUCUUCUUGUUGGAAAUGUUGGUCUGAUCUUCACUAAGGGUGACUUGAAGGAAGUCCGUGAGGAAGUUGCCAAGUACAAGGUUGGAGCUCCUGCUCGUGUUGGUUUGGUCGCCCCAGUUGAUGUGGUUGUUCCCCCUGGCAACACUGGUCUAGAUCCAUCCCAGACUUCUUUCUUUCAGGUCCUUAACAUUCCGACCAAGAUUAACAAGGGAACCGUCGAAAUUAUCACCCCUGUGGAACUCAUCAAGAAGGGUGAUAAAGUGGGUUCUUCUGAGGCUGCUCUUCUUGCAAAGCUUGGCAUCAGGCCAUUCUCAUAUGGUCUUGUUGUCGAAACCGUCUAUGAUAAUGGUUCUGUCUUUAGCCCAGAGGUGCUAGACCUGACUGAAGAUGACUUGGUUGAGAAGUUUGCUCUUGGUGUUUCAAUGGUCACUUCGCUUGCUUUGGCCAUCCACUACCCAACACUUGCCGCUGCUCCUCAUAUGUUGAUUAAUGCAUACAAGAAUGCCUUGGCUGUUGCUGUUGCUACUGGAUACUCUUUCCCAUUGGCCGACAAGGUCAAAGAGUACCUUGAGGAUCCAAGCAAAUUUGCUGUAGCUGCCCCUGUUGCUUCUUCUGGUGGUGCUGCCCCAGCUGCAUCUGCUCCAGCUGAAGAGAAGAAGGAUGAGCCAGAAGAGGAGUCUGAUGAAGACAUUGGCUUCAGUUUGUUCGGUGAUGAAUAGGCGAUCUUUGUCAGCUUUCUAUAUUUAUCUGCAUCGGACUAUGUUUAGUUUAUGUUUGAGACAUUUUGUUCUGCUUUCUUUAUCCUGUUGAAUGUUUUUGAAUCUAGAAGAUUUUGCUUUUUA